AUGAGUUUCCCCGGUGCCGGUCAGGCUCCCACCGCUGGGCCGCCUUCUGAUGCGGCAGGCGCACUUGGUCCCCCGGACCCUCAGAUGCAGGCUAUGACCAACUUCAUGGAAAACUGCUGGACCAAGAGUGUCAUGUCCGGUGUGAUGGGAUUCGGUAUGGGUGGUUUGUUCGGCAUGUUCAUGGCAUCGAUGUCCUACGACACGCCCUUCCACACAGCAACAAUCGACGGCAAGACGACCACGACGCCCAUCUCCGACCUGCCCCUCAAGCAGCAGCUCAGAGUGGGCUUCAAGGACAUGGGUACGCGGUCGUACAGCAUGGCCAAGAACUUUGGAAAAGUCGGCGCGCUGUUCGCGGGCAUCGAGUGCGGCAUCGAGGGCCUCAGGGCGAAGAACGACCUGGGCAACGGCGUCGCCGCGGGUUGUCUCACGGGCGGCAUCCUGGCCAAGAACGCCGGCCCGCAGGCUGCGCUCGGUGGCUGUGUCGCUUUUGCGGCUUUUAGCGCCGCCAUCGAUGCUUACAUGCGCUCGCCCAAGGACGAGUAA